AUGCACAUGCAGCUGACCCAAGUCGCUCUACAUCACCGUCAAGCAGCCUCGUAGUUCAUGUUUCUCCUACCGUGGCCCAUGCUGAUCACCUCCCGGAGACUGCAGCAGCCACACCAACUCCGAGUUUACCUGCCCCAAUUGCGCAACCAACAAAGGGUCAUGGUCUUUCCGCAUCCAAAUGGGCCAGUGCAGAAAGCACUGCCGGCAGCGCUACAGACAGCACUGCUGAGAGCACUGAGCAAACUCACGAUCGAUCGUCAGGAGCCGGCAGGCACCGAUUGAGCGCAGCCAAUGCUCCAGUCUUCAAGCCAGCUUCGCAGUUGCGAUAUGACGACAACGUUCACCAUGACUUCCAACCCAGUCGCAUCCCACUUGAUUUCAUGUCGCCACCGCCUAUGAUUCCUGUACAAGAAGGGUAUGUUCCACUGGUAGCAACUGUCAUCACACGCGAUCCUCACACAGGCGUAUUUAGGGAGACUGAGGGUUUGUUAAAGGCUGGCUCUGUUCCUGUGCUGGCGCACAUGCCUGUGUCCCUCAUGGGCCCGCCUCGGAAUCAAGAGAACAUCCCAACGGGGUUUGUUCCUCCUGCGCCUGCGUCGUACCAGAUGCCGUCCUUCCCAGCUCGAUCAGACAUGCACACUCGUCAACCAUCCGAGUCCUCCGGAUCCGAGAUCAACUUGAGGUCUGGAUUUGGAAGCAAUCCUCUUUCUCCACUAGGUCUAAGAGGUCGGAAUGAUCCUUUGACAAACAUUGCAAAUAUCAGAAGAGCAUUCUCGCCCGAUCACCAAGAAGAGAUGGACAUGCAAGCCAAACUUCAAUCACGUCUGAACAGCAGCCUUGCUGCAAGACAGGCCAGUCUGUCACCUGCUCACAAGUAAAUUCAAUAUUGCACAAGGGAAACCGCAAGCUGAGAAUGUACUUGGAAAAUUGAUGAUUUGACUUGACCUUGAUUCCAUAUGGAGCUGAUACGAUACGACGAUAUGAAAAACGACUGACCAUGAGAUAUGACCGACAUUGAGAUAUUGAUGCAUGACAGAACAUUUGCGAAUCUGGUUCAUAGAGGUUGUGAUGGUGAAUGAACAGAAGCGGAAAAAAUCGGCAUGCAAAGCAAAAAAGGCAGGGUGAAUGGCGAGGUAUUCAGGCUU